AUGUCAACACGUUCUUCUAACAAAAAGAAUAAUGAGAUAUACUAUGAGCAUCAUGAUUAUUCAAUAAUUGACUUUGUUGAUGAUGAUUGUCUGGCUGAAAUAUUCAUGUAUGUGCCAGCAUGUGAAAGACCUAAAAUUGCAUCGGUAUGUCAAAAAUGGAAAAGAGCCCUUGAUUAUUCUUGGAGUAAUGUCAAAAAACUUCAACUAACUCACUGGGAAUACAAUGAGUAUCCAAAUUGUUUGAUAAAAUAUCCAACAAAAGAUAGAAAAUUAAGCUUUUUAAAAUCAUUGCUUAAUAAAUGUGGCCGUUAUUUAACACAAUUAGACUUGACAGCAUAUGGUCAUAGUGACAUAGUGCGAGUUAUUAAUGAAUAUUGCCCAAACCUUGUGAAACUUAGAUUAAGAUUCAACCCUGAUAAGGUCGAAGAUAUAACGAUGGAGGUAUUUUCACGUCUAUCUAAGCUUAAAGUAUUAACAGUUAUAUUUCAAUAUGACUGGACACAGAACUAUAGGGUUCAUUAUUUAUUCACUGCAUUGUUAUCCCUUGCUAAAACAUUGACUGAUCUGACUCUGUUCAAUUGGCAAGAUGAGGUAUCCUGUAUAGAUCCUAAAUUUAAUAGAUUCUGUAGAUUUUCGACGCUCACCGAAUAUGUGUUUUGUCGACUAAAGAAUCUGAAAAGAUUUGAAUUUGGUGGUAUAAAAGCGUACCCAGAGUUAGAAAAGUAUCUGAGAAAUAAUCACACAAUAGAAUGUUCUGACUAUGAUCGUUCCUUAAACAAAAAUGUCAUUAAGCCAAAUGAGUUUGGGUCAGUUAUGAAUAUAACUACAUUGAGUUUGUUAAAAUACAAAGUUUCAGAUGAUAGUUUGUAUACUAUUGCCAAUACCAUGAAGCAAUUAACAAAGCUCAAGAUAAAUUGUGAAUGGAUAACUAAUGAUGGUGUAGUAGCCAUUUCAAAGAUGAAUAAUUUAACACAUCUUUGUUUUUUCGGCGUUAAUGACAGCAUUGAUUCUUCAUCAAUUAAAUUGCUCAAAAACUUGAAUAAGUUAAUGUUACUACGCAGCAAUAAAAUUACUGAUGAUUUAGCCAUAAAAGUUCUCGAAAAUUCACCAAAGAUGGAGAUGCUUUUAGUUCCAAAUACAAGUGUAACUGUUGAAUUUAUAAAAAAAGCAGCAGAAAUAUUAAGAAAUCGAAAACAACGCUUGCUUUUAGCUGUUUCUUUCAAAAUUGAUAAAAAACUGAUAACCGACUAUUAA